GUUUUCGUGGUUCGCCUCUUGGUGCUUCCCAGCUGCCCCCCCAACCUAUCGCCUCUUUUCAAAUACUUUGUAUACCCUGCUUGGCGAGCUGCAUCGCCCUUGUACACCAGCAACAAGCCUUGCAAGACCAGCCACAGCAGUGGUUUCACCUCCCCAUGAGGGCAAGGCACAACAUAGAAGCUCUGCGAGCUCAUCGCAGAUUAUCCCUCAACACCUCGAUCCUGGCUGGCUGGCGAAAGCUCUGCGCAGGCUGCGCCCGGCCAAGCUGCUGCGCAAUUGUUGGCAAAGCACUUGGCGACCUCUCUUGGAAAGUGAAAAGCGCGAAUUUGGCCAAGGGAUCUUGCCUGAAUCAGUCACCUGACUGGGCCGCGGCUAGGCAAAGGUAAAGACCGCAACGCUGGGCAACGCGGGGCCUGUCAUUUCAGGUAAUUCUGCUUGAAAAUCAAACGCUGAAUAAAUGAAAUAAAUCACUAACAGACGGACGAUCGCAUGUCAAGGCGGCCUUCACCGGCCCCCGCCCUCUUCUAUCACUACACCACCCUAGUGAGGUAGCUUGGCACUGGCUCCCCCCCAUCAUCGUUGGUCCGUCACGUCGCAUCACACCACAAACCUCUUCAUGACUGCUGCCCGCCGUCCGGCCAAACUCUGGUCUGAUCAGUCAUCCCGCGCCGGGGUCCACGCUGCUUUUUUCCAAAAGAGCUCGCGCCGUUUCCUGUCAGCGUCCACGCGGAUGCUUCCCUCAAGUCCACCGUCAACACACUGAUUUGCUAAGAACAAUCUCAUGGCCCGUCUCCAACCGGGCGAGUCAAAGGUACGGAGUCUUUGUUGUCUGUAAACAAUCAACCUCGGAGAUCCACACACGGCGUGGGUAAGAGCAUGGUCCAUGGUGUAUCCGCACAGUCCGAAUCCCGUCGUCCGCCCGUUCCGUCGCGGCGUCGCCCCAAUUUGAAUUUUCUCUCUUUCUUUUCGCCUAGUUCCAUCCACGGUGACUUCCAAUCCGGCGCUUGUUUCACGUCAAAAGAGCCGGCUCUUUAAAAGACAGCUUUUCCAGCCACUUGCUCUAGAUCACCUGGACCGCAAACAAAUCUUGCCUAAUGUAAUACCACCACCUGCCGGAGAUGCUGAACGAAUGAUCAGAUCAUCCACCGGCAUGUAUAUGGGUUGAGACCCGCCCUUUCCAUCCUAUGACGCCAUGUUUCUCUAGGGCGAUAACGGCUUAUCUGCUUAUCGCAGCAACGGACCCUCGAGCGGCGGGGGACGCCUACCAUCGGCGGUCGGGUGACCAAUCACCGCCGUGCUCGUCCCGGCCGAGGAGUUGUUUCCCCCCGAUGCCCAGUAGAAUCUCGGACACGACUGCCUCGCUGCGGUGCGCUUCAGUCGGGAGGGCGUCGUCAUCUACCACCAAACGCCUCAAAAAAAACACGUUUGGUUUUUGCACUGCUUCCACUCUCGAUCAAAGUUGAUCUCGGCCCUCUAAAACCUCUGGGCAAUUGUCUUUUCCUCCUUCUCUUUUCCCCUCAUAAUCAGAAAAGAAGAAGAAAACCACCCCAAGAGUGCCCGUCGACUAUCCCCCGCACCAUGGCGACUGUUCUAAGUCAACUGAAACGCGUCCAACAACACAAUGUUGCGACGCUGCGCCGCUCCCCCCUCGCCGAGAUCUCUGGGGCUCUCGGCGACCUGGGAACUCUCCUGCCCUUAAUGAUCGCAUUGGCUGUCCAACGUUCCAUCUACCUUGACAGCACUCUAGUGUUUUCCGGAAUCUUCAACGUCGUGACCGGCGCCGUCUUCGGCAUCCCGCUACCCGUGCAGCCGAUGAAGGCCAUCGCCGCCGCUGCCAUCUCACGGUCCGAAUAUGGCAACAUCCAAACCGUCAUGGCCGCCGGCCAGUGGGUCAGUCUGGUCGUCCUCGUAAUGAGCCUCACAGGCUUGAUCCGCUGGGUCACCAAGAACGUCCCCGUACCCGUCGUCAAAGGCAUCCAGCUUGGUGCCGGCCUCUCCCUUGUCAUGGCUGCCGGCUCCAGCCUGCUUCGGGACCUGCACUGGACGUACCCCGUCGUCGACAACAGGCUCUGGGCCCUCGCCGCUUUCCUCGUGCUCAUCUUCACCCAGAGGCUACCGCGCUUCCCCUACGCGCUGUGCGUUUUUGUUCUGUCUCUCGUCUUCGCCUUCAUCGCCACCCUCACAAAACGCGACGACGUCCACAUUCUCCGUAUUCCCGACAUCUGGCAGCCUCACUGGUUCCAAUGGGACCUUGACUGGUUCAAGUACAAGCCCCUGUCCAUGGCCAUCGGCCAGCUGCCGCUCACCACCCUCAACUCCGUCAUCGCCGUUAGCGCCCUCGCGGCCGACCUGCUCCCUGAUAUGCCCACCCCGUCAGUAACCGCCAUGGGCAUCAGCGUCGGAGUCAUGAACCUGAUCGGCACCUGGUGGGGCGCCAUGCCCGUGUGCCACGGCGCCGGCGGGCUCGCGGCGCAGUACCGCUUCGGAGCACGCAGCGGCGCAAGCGUCAUCGUCUUGGGCUUGUUCAAGAUCGUCCUGGGUGUCAUCUUCGGGAACUCUCUUAUCGAUCUGCUUAAGCACUACCCCAAGAGUCUGUUGGGCGUCAUGGUCAUCGCCGCGGGACUCGAGCUGGCCAAGGUUGGGCACAGUCUGAACCAUGGCGCCUCGGAUCUCUGGGAGAGCUCUAUUGGUAGCGGAGGUGGCGGCUUCACAAGGCAGCAACGCACGCUCUCGGACAACGAGAGGGCCGAGAGAUGGACGGUCAUGCUGAUGACUACGGCGGGCAUUCUCGCGUUCCGCAAUGAUGCUAUUGGCUUUGUUGCAGGCAUGCUGUGUUACUGGGCGUACCGGCUCUCGGAUAGGACGCAGAAGUGGUGGGAGAGCAGGAGAUCUCUGACUGGCGGCGAGACCGCGCCGCUUCUGAGUUGAGUGGCUUCCAGGAUUUUCUCAAUACCGCCUCUACCAAUCCCAACGGGUGUUCUGUUCAUCGGAUGGUGGUAAACUUUCUUAUGGUGGAGUUGAAUGCACAGAGUACGUACACACUCAACGGACUCAAGACAUCUUAUCUGCUGUACAUCGAUCCUACCGCUUUUUGAGAACAGUGUGUCCUUCAAACCCUGGUAGGGCACCCUGAAGGGUUCUCGAUUACCAGAUUGCAAGAUCCCACCAUCCCCAGCGCUUAGCAAGGUGCGCGAGGGAUUUCUUCUCAUACAAUGAGGUCUUAAUGUCAAUAAGCAUGUUCUCCCAGGGCCUCUUCUUUCAAGUCGCUGUUGUGGAAUGCUUCAUUGUGAAGUCAAAUGGAUUUUGCUCGGUUGGUUACCAUUCAGGCUUACAAUAAAAUGUCGCAAACCGCUGUGGCCCGCUGGGCUUUUUGGGACACAUCAGUAAGGCCAAAGUGAUGCAUCAGACCGGUAUGCAGGUUUAGACAACGACAACUCCAUGUAUCUACCUGCCCGUGGGGCUUCCAAUUAUUCUAUGAUCGAAGCCCUAGGCACAUCAUGUCGUGCGUUGUUAGUAGCCGGUGAAAAGGCUCUUAUUAUCAUAGAGUCAGCAUCUAGGAAUACCUAAGUAGAGGGCGGUAGGUGGGAGGGUGGCAUAGGCAGCUCCCUCACCGACAGACCGACGGCUAUUGGAUCUUGACCGAGAGAAGUGGGAACCGAUGUCGGAAAGUUUGAGCGAUCUACGCAGGGUGGUGUGCGCGACAUCUGCCCAUCCGUCUCCAAGUCGACUGGAGGUGUUUCGGAUCUUGACC